UGCGAGGAGUGCCAGAAUUGAGGGAGGGAAGGAGGAUGAGGUGUAUUAAACCCAAAUAACCAUGCCUGGGAAGUGACUGUGCACGGUAAUAAAGUGUUUUCAGUGGGAUGGCAAAGAGGAAGAUGAGAUGGAAGGAGGAAAUAAAGCAGGGUCAUUUGUGUGGGAUCCCUUUGCUGCCCACCAUGAGCACAUGAGGCAGAUGAUGAGGAACUUCCCCGAGCCUUUUGGGCGGGAUCCCUUCCUGAGCCUCCCGGAGGGAGGGGGGACACCGGCGGAGAGGAGAGCGGGCGGCAGGGCCCAGCAGGACGCGCAGGUGGCCACGAGGGGCACCCGCAGGGCCACCAGCUUCUCCCUCAUGCCAUUUGCAGGUUUUGGGAGAGGGUGGGAUGCACAGUUAAUGGAUCCAUUUUCUGCAAUGGACAGGAUGAUGUCAGACAUGAGAAACAGCAUGCUGGAAAUGCAGAGGAAAUUUGAUGACCUGUCCAUCCAGCCUGAGGGACACAGUUUCAGCUCCUCCUCCAUGAUGACCUAUUCCAAAGUGGGGGAUGAACCUCCCAAAGUUUUCCAAGCCACAGCCCAGACCCGCACGGCUCCAGGAGGGGUUAAAGAAACAAGAAGAGCACUGAAGGAUUCUGAAAGUGGCCUGGAAAAAAUAGCUGUUGGUCACCACAUCCAGGAUCGGGCUCAUGUCAUCAAAAAAUCCAGGAACUCCAGGACUGGGGAUGAGGAGAUGAACCAAGAAUUCAUCAACAUGGAUGAAUCUGAGGCUGGCACCUUCGAUGAGGAGUGGCAGAAGGAGGUCAUGAAGUUCAGGCCUUGCCGAAGCAGAGAAGCUGUGGAGGCUUCAAGACCCAGAAGUGUCCGUAACAGCCCCAGGGAAGGUGGAUCAAGAAGAGAGAAGCCACUUGGAGCUCUAGGAUCCAGAGUGCCCAGGGAUUCCUUGGAGGCUCUCAGUGUGAAAGGAACACUUCUCCCCCUGAAGGGCUCCAGGAAGUAACUGUCCCCAUUCCCUGAGGAUGGAGGUUCCCUGGGGUAGAUGAUGGUGCUCAGUGCUCGUGUCCAUAAAAUACACCUGGAUUUGUGACCAA